AUCCCCACCACCACCCUCGUUUUGCACCCCCUCCCUUUGUGUGUCACCUCUCCCUCGCGCACCGUCUCCCACGUCAGAGCCACCUGUAACGGUCGGCGACGAUAUCACGCUCUUUUUUCUCUUUCUACAUUCCUUUCUUCACCCAUUGCCUCAUCCGACACAUUCUCUUCUUUCCCGAUCAUGGACACACUCUCCUUUCUUGGGCGGACGGCAUGGGAGUCCUUCGCGGAGCCGGCCUUGACUUCGACAGGCCUCUACGAAGCAUCAGACCGGACCUAUGGACGGUCGCACAUUCCCUUUUCACCUAUGGAGAAGCGGCUACAUAGCAACCCAAACAUUGAAGUCUGGUUUGGGAGGGCGAUGCUGCCCAAUGGUAAAGACUGGUCAUGGUACCAGGUCUGGGAGGACAAAGAGGCGCAAAGGCGGACGGGGAGGCGCGCCGAUAUGAUCUUUGUUCAUGGCACCGGUGUCCACUCUGGCACGUUGGCCAGCCAUUCGCGACGAUAUCUCGAUGCUGGAUUCCGCUUGAUCGUCCCCGACCUUGUCUCUCAUGGCUACUCGAGCGGCGUCCACGUCUACCAAAGGGACUUGAGCGCGUACACCGAGGGCCUCCACGCUGUUUUGCAUGACGUUGCCAGGCGCGACGAUGCUUUGGAGCACCACAACGAGGGAACCUCGACACGAAGACGGCCGAUGAAAGCUGAACGAAAGCCAACUUUUAUGCUGGGUCUUUCCUUUGGUGGCUCCGUGGCGCUCAUGUACGCUCUCGACUACCCGCUGUCGUUACGAGAAGAGCCGAGAGGUCAGGAUGAGAUCCCAAUUGACGGCAUCAUCGCCGUAGGACCCAUUCUGGGCCAGCAUCGAGCCAAUGUUCACAUUCCUCUUCCACUUCAAUGGGCCAUCCGAGGUGCAGACCGAUGGCUGGGUGCCGGUCGCGUCGAGGUUCUCGUUCCUCACAGGAAAAUUCUCGACAAGGACCCAAGAGUCUACAAAUCGCUCGUCACCGAGGACAAACGCAGUCACCACGGUGCGUUCCGAGUCGGGCACCUGCUGUGCAUCCACGAAGGUAUGGAGAGGCUGCAGGCAGAAGCAGGCAAAGUGCGACAUCCCGUCUACAUCCAGCAAGGAGGCCAAGAUCGAGUUGCCUGUCACGAGGCAGCCAUCACCUGGACAAGGAAUAUCAGCUCCGAGGACAAGCGCAUGGCUGUUUACCCUGUUUGUCAGCAUGUCAUUUACCGUAAGGCCAAGACGGAAGAGGAGGAUCUCGCAGGGCGUGUGGCCUGCAUCGAAGACAACGUCGACUGGAUCUGUCAUCGAGCACCA